GUUAAUAGGUGUGGCAACAGUUCUGCGGAGGGGAGGUGUGGAAAACCAGUGCUGCUUUUAAGGAAAUACGUUCCUUUUUAUGCAGACAGCUGGGAGGGAUCAGGUUUCUCAGCUUCGGGGACUGGAAUCGGGAGAAAAGUGGAGCAGAAGGCGAGACCCAUGAAGCUGCUUCCAUAGUCCAUCUUGUAGGGUUGGGGGGGGGCUGCCUGGGGGAGUUGGCUUCCCCUGCCAUAUAACGGGGCUGGUGCCAGCUUCCGAAGGCCCUGAGGAGAACCAGCUCCAGGCAGAAUCUCAGGCCAAAGGUCGGCACAGCACGCCAGCUGAAUCCUCGAGGCUGUUUCUCUCCGGCCGUUGUUGUGGGUCCCUUGAGAAAAUCCGCUUCAGAAUGAUCCUCCCCGGAGUCAGAGCCCUUCCCGAGUGGAAUCCGUGUGAAACGGGCCAGGACACUCAGGGGGCUCCUUCUCACGGGACCCUUGCCAUCCCCAUUCCAUGAGGCCCUUCAGAGCAAUGGCCACACAAGUUGAACUCGGCUCUGCCCUGACCUCGCUGGGUGGCAUAAGCGAACCAAGGACGGAGGCCGCCUUCCGGCACGCCUUUAUCAGCUCGCUGUCUGAUGCCAGCCGGAAGCCUGGGGAGGACUCCCGCGCUCUGGCCCCGCUCAUCCCGGAGGACAGGGGAAAUCCCAUGGGUCCCACCGCCAUGCCUUCCACUGCGUCCAGGCCACCUUGGACCCCCAAGCCCUUUUCCCGGGAGACAUCUUCCGACACGUUUGCUACGGUGAAACCGCCCGUCACGGCACUCAAGCCCAGCAGCGCUACGCCAAAGCCCCACACCUUUGCCCAGGCCUUUGAAGACGCUGCCAAGGGGUCGCCUGGAAAUGUCCCACCGCUGCUGGAUCAGAAACCGAUGGAGAACAAAAGCCGCAUGGAGCCGGUUGCCCACCUGCCCUUCUAUCCAAGCCCUCAGGCCAACACCGUCAUCCUCUUUGAAAGCAGAAGGCCUGCAAAGGGGAGGGCUGAAGAGGGAGGGUCCAAGGCCCAGGAGGGGCAGCUGCUACGCUCCCAGUCAGAGAAGUGGCCCCGAAGGCAGCCCUCCCUCUCCACAGACCCCAGGCCGGUCUCUUGGGCCCCUCACUGGAAGGAGGCCUUUGCAGGGGAACCCAAGGGUCUGGCUAGCAGCGUUGAGACACAGCAGAGUCCAACUCUGGCCACUGAGACACACUCCCAGGCAGGAGGGAGACCUUCAGCCUCAGCUGGCUUUUGGGGAUCCUGGCAGAAACAAUUGCAACCACCUCCUCCCGAGGCUGCUUCCGGCCCAGGGCCCCCAAAAUCAGGGCCGCUCCCCACGGAUUUCACAGGCAGAUUUGAAACCCAGGAGUCCUCCUGGCAGAAGAAGCCUUGCCUGGCUGAGAGCAGAGAGAAGAGCUUCCUCGCAGUUGGCGACAGGGCCCUGGAGGCCACGGGAGUGAGGGGUGCAGUGGCCGGCUUAAGCGGGGCUGCCCCAUCUGGGCCCAGAGCAAAAAGUGCCAGCCAGCUGGCCGAGUCCCCCCAAAGCUGUUUGCCUUCUGCUCCCCCAGGCCAGACCGUCCCGCAAGACGAGGGGAAAAAGUGCACACAGGAGCUGGGAAGCCAGGGGAAGCCCAGUGUGGGGCAGCACAGCAUUAACCAAGGCCAUCCUUUGGGGGAGAGGGGAGAGAUCGCUCCCCAGGAGGCUGGCGUAAGGAACGCCGACCCGCCCGACGCCUCGAACGGCAACCACAGAGGCUGCGCUAAAAAGACCACCCCACUCCUGGACCUGUCAGCAAAGCCUUGGGCUCCCACCGAGAGCGAGUCCCUCCGCGACAGCCCCGGGAAGGAGAUCCGGAUACUGAACAUCCAGCAGAGGAUUCAAGUGCUGACGGCGGAGAACGUGGGUUUCAAGGCAGGAGGCCCGCGCCGCUCCUUCCGCUCACGGCCUCUUUCCGCGGAUUUGACAAAGAUGUUUUCUGGCCCCAUGACUGCAGGCGAGCUGAAGCCCAAGAGGCAGCCUGAGUGGGACAGGAAGCCUGCCAGUGAAAUGCAAGAGGCUCCAGAGGAGGAGACACUGCCUGUGGGUGGAGCAGAUGUUGGAGAAGCUGGCAUGGCUGGCAGUCCCUGGAAGCCCCUGCUGCUGGCAAAAACACCAUCCAGAGAGGGGCUCCCCAAGAGACAGGGCAGGCUAAAGGCCUCUCUGCCAGCGGAAGACCCUGGCUUCGUCCUCAGCCCCAAAGUGAGAACGUUGUCCAGUUCGUCCACUGAAGAUGCCUGCCCUAAGACGGUCAGAGCCACCAUGUUUGAACACCAUGUGCAGAGACACAGUGUGGUGGCCAGCCAGCUGGGCCCUGAACCGGCCUUGCUGUCCCUGAUGGUGCCUUUUGGAGGCUCGCGCUGCUGUGGUGAGGAGUUUCGGAAGGAGAGAAUGCUGGGAGAGGGCCAGCCGACCAAAGCCUCCGCCCUGGAGGCUGAUGCAUCAGGGAAAGCCGGAGGACCCAAAGAUCCCAGACCUUUCACCGAGGAUGAAGGCUGUCUGACGUGGGCAGGAGACCCCCUGGGAGAGAAGGGUGAGCAACCUGCUUCAAAGAACAUGGAGGAUUCCCUGCUGGCUCAAAGGAUCGAGCCCAGGUACGAGAUUCUGCAGACCGUGGGGGAGAGGGCACAGAGCGAGGCAGUGGCAGCCGUCUCCGGAGGGAAGGCCGUCACUCUCCGCCGCCAGAGAUAUUUGAAGGAGAACCGGAGAGCCGGUGGCUAUGGCAAGAGCGAAGGCUGGAGAGGGGCUUCUGCCCCAGGAACAGGCCCGUUGAAGGACCACCCUGCCUCUGGGAUCCAGGCUGCUUUCUACAGCGAAGGAACCGGGCCAGAGAGAAAUCGGGCCGGACAGCAGGUGUCCUCUUUCAGGAUGAAGGAUGACGGCAACUUUGCCCCGUGGUUGGAAACCGAAAAGGAGAAGCGGCUUGCUCCUGCUGGUGCGACGGAGGGGUCCAAAGCGCUGGAUCGCACCCUGCAGAGGGCUGGAGCCAGGGCGACCGAGGACAACGGCUGGGAAGGCAGGGCCGGCGUGCUUGAUCAGCAGACCAGCCGGGGGCAAAGUGCCAGCUGCCCGGGACUCCUCUUCGGCCUGGACCUGAAGCCAUCUCGGGGGCCAGAGGACCCCAAAGGACAAAAGCUGCGCUCAGCCAGAUACGGAGCAGCCCAAGAGACGUGGGAGGCCACGGCAGCAGGAAAGGAGUUGCGGGAGCUCGGUGUCAGAGCCAGGUGGACGAGCAGCUUCUGUGACGUUUCUGCUCCCAAAGGUUCUGACCGCUGGCGAAGGAAGACUCUGCCCCAUGGCUCUGUCAGGUUUGAGGACUCGGGGGAGAUCCCUCGGGGCCCUGUCGAAUUGGCCAGCAGGAGAGACGCCCUGCAUCUGAUGGAUGGCUCGGCGGCAAAGAGAAGCCCCCAGACCCUCCAUGGACUAGAGCCCAGGCGGGUGGAGGUCACCUCUCCCAGCAGCCCGAAGAAGCCGCUCUCUCCUUCAGAGCCCAAGGCCACGUACUUUGCAGUCACUUGCCAAAUCUCGGAGGAGAUCAAUACCCAGCCUGGGAGAGCUGCAGCUGUGGCUCCUCGUGAGAGCGCUUCCAGAAGAGCCGAUCCCUUUUUGGAGGGGGAGAGCUCUCCAGCCAGGCCUCUUGGCAGGCGCAGGGGAGAAACAGGUGCCUCGGACCGUCCAGACACCGGGGAUGCUAAGGCUGAAGACCAGGAGCUGCCGCAGAGACAGCCGGAGGCAUCAGUGGAAAGGCGUCCGGCCAGAGCUGACCCACCCCUCCGUCCUGGGGCAAGGUCUCCUUCCUACUUGGCGCCCCUCCAGCAGGACAGCCAGCAGAAGAGAUCCGGUGUGCUCAGUCUUUGCAGAGAGGAAGAGGAGGAGGAGGUGGACCCCGAUCACUACAGAUCGAGAGUGGUAGACAUUGAUGAGCUGAUGGCAGAAUAUGGGGGAGAGUCCCAGAAGCUUUGUGCCAGGGAGAGCCAGAGAGAGAGCAGCUUCUCUCCGUGGGAGAAAUGGCCCCCCAGGAGCAGCUUCUCGGGGAACCUCCCCUGCAGCUCUGACCAGAGAGACAGGACCAGGGUGGAGCACUCCUUGGGCAGCAAAGGGCUGGGCACCGAGGCCAGCAGCGGCAAGGGCAGCCAUGCGCAGGGGAGCGUUCCACUGGAAAUCCACCCCCAGGAGUCUAGGGCCAGAGUGGGGAAACGCAGCCCUCCUCAGUGGGGCAAGCCGGAUACAGAGAAGCCAAAGCCAUGGUCUGCGGAGCCUGCCGGGCCAAGGACGAAGACAUCCUUUCUCUUUGGCAGGGAGCAAGGAGAGGGCACCGGGCAGAGUGCCAAAGAUGCCAGUCCCGUUCCCCACCCUGCCCGGAUAGACCCGGGAGGCUUGUGGAAGGAAGCCAGUCCGAAGCAGUGGGCAGUUCUGGCCCCAGCCGGGGGGUGGUGCCCCAGCAGCGACUGUGGGGGCGGCAAGACUGGGUGGAAAGCUGAGCCUCAGGCCGGAGUCCGGGAGAAGGGCCCUCCUGCAGCGCCGCCUGGAGCGGAGCGGAGCAGCGCCACCACAUCCCCAGGGACAGGGGCCAUGCCGGAAGAGAAGCAUUGCUCCUCUGACAAGACUCCUCAGAGCCCAGCACAGCUCAGCUUUCCUUUGGGACCGAGGCUGGAUCAGGCCCACAUCUGCCAGCGGUUCACUCCCGAAAGGCCCGGGGUCUGGCUGAGCAAGGGAGGCCCGUCGCCGAGGGACUGCUCCUCCCACGGACGCACGAGGGAGCUUGGAGAAGGCAGCCUCGGAGUCGACCGUGAUGAUGCCACAGCCGUCAAGGGCUCUCCGUACCUCCUUUCCCAGCAACGCAGUCACAGUUUCUACAACGAGAGGAGGACUGACCAUUGGCCGGGGGACCACUUGAAGCAGUGCUUCGGCCGGCCGGCAGCAGAGACCAAGGACACCGACAUCCUCGUGCAGGAGGCCGACAGCAGGUAUGACACCUGGGGCGACCAGCGGCAGAGUGGAGACAGUUUCAGCUCGGAGUCUCCUUCCUUGGAGGGCAGCAUGGCCCCCGCACAGAAGCCAUCCCCUGGCCACCGAGCCUCCUUGUACUCCCCUCAGAGGGGUCCGGCCGCUGCCGCUGACCGACGGGCUUCAUCCAGGGAGCAGAGGAGCCACAGCCUGGACGAUUCCAGCCCAGACGCAGAGUCAGCAUCUCCCCCCACGGAGAAGGACAGUCCGGACUUCUCCUUCCUGGAGCAAACUCCCCGGCUGGACUCGAGGGUCCUGAAGAGCCGCAUCCUCCUGGACAAAAGGCGGCGGCAGCAUCGGGCCCCCAUCUCCCACACCCUCAGGAGGGGGGCCAGUGGGGACGCCCAGCCGGCCCCAGUCUCUGCGGUGGAGGGAGCAGCCAGCGCCUGGAUGUUCAGGGACUCCACAGAAGAGAAGCCCCCCAGGGCAGGAGAGGAAGAGGAGUCCCUUCCAGCAGAGAGGCUAUUCCCUGCCCAGCCACGGCUGCCUCUCUUUCCGGGCCUGGCUCCCUCCGCCCUCAAGGCUCAACUCAGGAAAAGGCACGAGUCGGAAGGGAGGAGGGAGGAAGGCCCCCCAGCACCCCUCUGCAAGUCACCCAAAGGUCCGUUUCCGGCCAGGGCCUCCGGGGGCCGGGCGCUGGUGGCCACCCCCGAGAAGGAAGGGAGGAUGGAGGAGCUGCCCCCCACAUGGCUGACGGAGCUGAAGUCCAGGAGGAAGCAGGACCAGCCCGAGAGCCCCAUCUGAGGUUGAAGCCAUGACUGGCCAGAGGAGGAGCUGCCUUAACUGACCGCCCGCCCUUUCCCUGCCCUCCCGAGGCUUCCUCUCGCCUUGACCAACCACCGCUCCGUGCUCAGUGCCUUCCUCUUGGAGCCCUGUCCGGCUCCAGCCCCAGAGGACCCGCAGGAGGGGGGCCGGCCCCCACCGCCCUGCACCUGGGGCUGCCUUCCUGCUGGGGAGUCGAGGCGAGAACCUGAGAUCUGUGGGAGGGAGAGGCCUCGGCCUUCCCCUUUUCUCUCUGCAGAAGUGAGAACCGGAUCCCGCUUUCUGCCGCUUAUUUUUUUUCCGGGAUCCAAACGAAAGUGUGUGGAUUUGCUCCUUGGCCAGGGGCAACAGUGGUUCGUUCCUGUCUGUCGCUGUUCAAAGAUUGGAGGAGAUUUUAUUGUAUGAGUUUUGUCGGCUGUGGAGUAACUGAGCCGUCCUUUCCCAGGAGAGAGAAAGCAAUAAAGUCCAGGGUCUCCUCCAGAAUGGCUGUAAAUCACUCCUGGACUUCAGAAAGAGGAAACGGACAGGAGGGAGAAAGAAGCAAACUGGGUCUUAGCCACGGAAUUGUCUUUGUCUUUGCUGUAGAUUUUCUUGUAAAUAUUUGGGGAAGGGAGUCCUGCAUUCGAUUCUGGUCCUUCCAAAUGUCCGGAUCUCCCCCUAUUUUAAGUGUGGGGAUAUCAGUCAGCAAAUGAGCGAGCCUCUCGGUGGCCGGGUGGGGAGGUCCCUGGGAACAGGGCAGAGACCCUUGCAAGCCCUUUUCUGCUCCAUCCUGGUUAGCUGGAGAAAUCCCCAACUGGGCAGUUCUGUGAAUGCUUGGGUCAGCGAUGGGGCCCGAAGAUCUCCGAAGACCCCUUUGGUUAUGCUGUGGGGCGCAUGGGGGUCACCCCCCCUGCCUUUUGCCCCUUUGGAGGCACUCUUAGUGCAGUGGCUACCCCAAGGCUACCUCUGGUCCUGGCUGGCUGGUUGGCUGCUCAGUCAGCCCUGUGCCCAACUUCAGGGUCUGCAUUCCUGCCUCCUGAGAUGCUGCUGUGCUUAGAAACUUGCAUCCCCCCCUCCCCAUAAGUGCUCUUCUCGAAAUGCUCUGGAUCCCCAAAGGGUUCAGCCAGACGGGACAGUGACAGCCGGCCGUUGGGCCUGGGGUGAGACCCCAUCUGCCUCUGCGCCUCCCAGGUGCCGGUCUUGGACCACAGCCUGCCUGCCUGCCUGCCUUCCUUCCUUUCUUUCUUUCUUUUUCUUUCUCUCUCUCUCUCUCUCUCUCUCUCUUUCCCAGCCUGGCAGAGGGAGGCCCAUCUGCUCUGCCAGGCCUCCAGCCCUCGAGCACCCUGUCCCUUGUUUGGGGGAGAUGGCCCCGCCCCCUGUGCCACUUGGAGGAGGCCUCUCCUGGCAGUGCCAGCAGGAAGUCCGGGCAUCCGCAGCGUUUCUGAGGCUGGGAGACCUUGGCUGGCAGAUCCCUGGGAAGCCGCUGCGCACGGAGGUCCUGCUCCUGGACAUAUUCCGUCUCAACCGUCUUGAUUAAAAAGCUUGCUCAGAGCGA